AUGUUCUUUUACGGUAAGUUCGAUGAUUUAUUUUGUUUACAACAGCAAGAUUCAUAUUUUAGUACUUGUCAUGAUUUAUUUGCUAAUGUAAUUCGUUUUAAAUCAAAUACUAUUGUACCUAUACACCAUUCAAACAUUGAUAUUCUCGUUAUUCGUGAAAAUACAGAAGGUGAAUAUAGAGUUCACUUGAACACGAGGAAACUGAUUGAUGGUUUAUUUAUUGAUUGUUGUCGUGAAAUAGCUGCUGAAUAUCCUGAUAUUAAAUUUGAUAUAAUGAUUAUUAAUAAUACAUGUAUGCAAUUAGUUAAUCGACCAACACAAUGUGAUGUUAUGGUUAUGCCGAAUUUAUAUGGAAAUAUGGUAUCAAAUGUAGGUGCUGGUCUUGUCGCUGGUUCAAAAUAUGGAGAACAUUAUGCUAUUUUUCAAUAA